AUCUCUGACUCAGAGUCACUGAUCGGACUUCCCUCCCUGGGUACUGGUCACUAGUCCGGACCACUUCUCGUUCAACUAUUAACCACCCUCGGGGCCUGGCCCAGCGGCUCUCCUUCUGAGCCCCGGACCUCAAGUGCAGUCCGGGGGUCCUGCCAUGGAUACGAGAGCGCUGCUCCUGCUGACUGGCCUGGCCUCUUGCUGUGGAUUCAACCUGGAAACUGAAAACCCUGUGAUUUUCCAGAUGGGUGGAGCUGGGUUUGGCCAGAGUCUGGUCCAGUUCCAGGGCUCAGAGCUGGUGGUGGCAGACCCUCUGGAGAGGGAAUCAGAGAAUACCACGGGACGACUGUACAAGUGUGAAUACGGCACCGGGCGUUGCGCUCCCAUCCCCCUGCAGGCCCCCGCAGAGGCGGUGAACAUAUCCCUGGGUCUCUCCCUGGCUGCCCGUUCCAGCCCUUCGCAGCUCCUGGCGUGCGGCCCCACGGUGCACCGAGCCUGCGGGGAGAACAUGUAUCUGAAUGGCUUCUGCUUCCUGCUGGGCUCAAACCUGCAGCUGGACCGAAGGAUCCCAGGAGUCCUGCAGGACUGCCCGAAGCAAGAGAGCGACAUUGUUUUCCUCAUCGAUGGCUCGGGCAGCAUUAAACUGAGAGACUUUAAUCAGAUGAAACGGUUUGUCCGUGCCGUCAUGCAGCGAUUCCAGGGAACCAACACGUUGUUCGCCCUGAUGCAGUUCUCCAAUACCUUCGAGACACAUUUCACCUUCGCCAGAUUCAAAAGAAACCCGAACCCAGAAACACUCGUGAAUACGAUUUCUCAGCUGGGUGGGCUGACGUAUACUGCCUCUGGCAUCAAGAAAGUGGUCGAAGAGCUCUUCCAGCAAUCACAAGGAGCCCGGAAAGAUGCCACCAAGAUCCUCAUCGUCAUCACCGACGGGCAGAAAUAUGAGGAUCCCCUGGAAUACUCUGAUGCCAUUCCACUGGCCGAGGCUGCGGGGAUCAUCCGCUAUGCGAUCGGGGUGGGCGCUGCCUUUGAAAAAUAUGAAGCCCGGAAGGAGCUGGACAGCAUCGCCUCGGAUCCGCCCCGAGACCACGUGUUCCAGGUUAACAACUUUGGGGCCCUGGAUAACAUUCAGAACCAGCUGCAGGAGAAGAUCUUUGCCAUCGAGGGAACCCAGACGGGGAGCAGUAGCUCUUUCCAGCAUGAAAUGUCUCAGGAGGGCUUCAGCGCUCUGCUGACUCCGGAUGGGCCGGUGCUGGGAGCCGUGGGGAGCUUCGACUGGUCUGGGGGAGUCUCCCUGUACCCCCCAAAGGAGGGUUCCACCUUCAUCAACGUCUCCCAGCAGAGCGGGGACAUGCAUGAUGCUUAUCUGGGUUACUCCACUGAUGUGGCCAUUCAAAAAAGGAUUUGGAGCCUGGUCCUUGGGGCUCCCCGCUACCAACACACGGGGAAGGUCGUGAUGUUCAGGAAGACUACCGGGAUCUGGUAUCAAUGGGCCGAGGUCACGGGGGCACAGAUUGGCUCCUAUUUUGGGGCGACCGUCUGCGCCGUGGACGUGGACAGAGACGGCAACACGGACCUGAUCCUCAUCGGGACCCCCCACCACUAUGCGCAAAAGGCAGGGGGGCUUGUGUCGGUCUGCCCCAUGCCCCUGAGGAGGGUGGAUUGGCGGUGCGAGUCCGUCCUCCGGGGACAGCCGGGGCAGCCUCUGGCCCGUUUUGGGGCGGCCCUGGCCGUGCUGGGGGACACGAACGGGGACGGGCUGGCGGACGUGGCGGUGGGGGCGCCUGGUGAGGAGGAGAACCGGGGAGCUGUCUACCUGUUUCACGGCGCGGCGCCGGCCCAGAUCAACCCCACCUACAGCCAGCGGAUUGGAGCUUCCCAGCUCUCCCCGGGGCUCCGGUACUUCGGACAGGCCCUGAGCGGGGGGCAGGACCUCACCCAGGACGGACUGGUGGACGUGGCCGUGGGCGCCCGGGGGCAGGCGCUCCUGCUCAGGUCCCGGCCGGUGCUGAGAGUCGACGUUUCCCUGCGAUUCAAGCCCCCUGAGCUGGCGCGGGCCGUGUUUGACUGCGGAGAGCAGACGGUCCUCCGCCGGGAAGCAGGGGAGGCGAGAGUCUGUCUCACCGUCCGUAAGACCUCACGGGACCGGCUGGGUCCAGGUGACAUCCAGAGUUCUGUGACCUAUGACCUGGCCCUGGAUCCCGGACGCCUGAAUCCCCGUGCUGUCUUCGACCAGACGAACACCAGGACCCUGAGGUCAGUGCGAAGUAUAGGACUGGAAGAGAAAUGUGAGACCGUGAAGCUGCUGCUACCGACGUGCGUGGAGGAUUCGGUGACCCCUAUCAUCCUGCGACUCAACUUUUCGCUGCUGGGCCAGCCCAUCCCUUCAUCCGGGCAGCUCCGCCCCAUGCUGGCCGCAGGCUCUCAGGACCAGUUCACCACCGCCUCUCUGCCUUUCGAGAAGAACUGUGGCGCAGACAGCAUCUGCCAGGAUGACCUCAGUGUCACUUUCAGCUUCUCCAGCCAGAAGACCCUGGUGGUGGGGACGUCCCCGGACCUGAACGUCACCGUGACCGUGCGCAACGAGGGCGAGGACUCGUACGGGACCCUGGUCACCUUCUCCUACCCCCCGGGGCUGUCCCUCCGCCGGGCCUCCGUGCUCCAGAACCCCCGGCAGCCGCGGGUCCCGCGUCUCAUCUGCGAAUCAGCACAGCUGAGGAGCAGCAGCUGCAGCAUCAGCCACCCCAUCUUCCGGGAGGGAGCCGAGGCCACCUUCCUGGUCACCUUCGACGUCCCGCCCACGGCCGACUUUGGUAGCAGCCUGCUCCUCAGCGCCAACGCCACCAGCGACAACAACAUCCCCAGGACCAACAAAACCUUCUUUCAGCAACAGCUGCCCGUCAAAUACGGGGUGAACGUGGUCAUCAACAGCGGGGAGCAGUCCACGAGCUACCUGAACUUCUCAGCUUCGGAGGAGAAGAGCGGGCGCGUGCUGCAGCACCAGUAUCACGUGAACAAUCUGGGUCUCCGGAGCCUCGACGUCAACGUGACCUUCUGGAUCCCCUUGGAGCUGGACGGGCUGCCCGUGUGGACCACGCCGGAAGUCAUCCCCCCACAGGACUUCCAAGGCCAGUGUGUGAAUAACAGAGAAAAUCCCCGGGACCAUGACUUCCGAUCCCUCCUCCAGCGGAGCCCCGACCUGAACUGCUCGGUCGCCGUCUGCCAGAGAAUCCACUGCUCCAUCACAUCCUUCCAAGUCCGAGAUGAACUCACCUUCACCCUCAAAGGCAACCUCAGUUUCGGCUGGGUGGGCCAGACGAAGCAGAAGCGGCUGUCGGUGCUGAGUUCGGCCACGCUGAUGUUUGACACGGGGCGGUACGCUCAGUUUCCUGGGCAGGAGGGAUUCCUGACAGCCCAGGCGAAGACCGUGGUGGAGCGUUACGAGGUUUACAACCCCCUCCCCCUCAUCGUGGGCAGCUCCGUGGGGGGGCUGGUGCUGCUGGCCCUCCUCACUGCCGGCCUGUACAAGCUUGGAUUCUUCAAGCGGCAGUACAAGGACAUGAUGACUGAAGGAGCUCCAGCAGCUGGAGAGACCCCCGAUGUGCCUCCUCCCGAGUAACUGCUGCCCUGCUCUCUAACUGCCCCCUGGCAAGCCCACGUCUGUUGGCCAGGGACCAAACCAUUUGGGUUUCCCACCCCAGGGGUACCAGAGAUGAAUGGUUGUUUCCCUGCUCUGUGCUUUUCUGUGGGGGAAAUGGAGAACUUUGCGAUAUAAUGAUGGUAUUUGUUAAGGGGUUACUUAAUGCAAGGCACUGUUCUAAGCGCUGGGUUAUGUGUGUGUGUGUGUGUUCGUGUGUAUGUAUGCAUUUUUAUGCACUCCUGCUGAGGGGUUAAUGGCACCUUUUCUUCCUGUAGCUGCUGCUAAUUAUUAUUGCGUUAUUCGUUAAUCACUCACCAAAGUCAGAGCACGGUAAUAGGUGCUGGUGUUGAUAGAGUGAAAGGUGAUUACUGUGUCACAGACUCUGUUGCCCUUGGAACUCACAGUCAGAGAGAAGUGGAGGACGCUCCGUCGUAUAAAUCCCCGUUGUAUAAGUGGGGAAACUGAGACACGGAGUAGUUAAUUGUCUUGACUGCUGGGUGACCUUAGUCACGUGGCAGAGCCUGGACGAAAGCCUGGUCCUCGGACACCCAGUCCCAAGAUCUUUCCUCUAGGCCUUGUUGCUUCUCAUUGUGUGUGUGUGUGUGUGAAUGUGUGAGUGUGUGUCUGUAUGUAAACACAUGGAUUCCCUCCGUGUGGAUAAUGACUCUCCCUUCUCCUCCCUUCCAACUCCAUUUCCAAGUCCUGGGUACUCUUGAGCAGGACGGCCCCAACCAGAGAGUUCUGUCGUGGAUGGGCACAGGUGGGAUUAUCUGCUCCACGUGAGUGUGCAAACCCACCGGCGUGGGAUUGAUGUCCGCGUGUUCCCAUCCUAAAUAGGAAUAAAUGGAAGUGAGGGGC